AUGGGAAAUUCUCAGUCAACUCUCUCCAAAGAUGAACGGCGUUGCAAUCGCCUUUCAAAACCGUUGACCAAGAAGAAGCUGGCUGCUUUGAGCUCCCCUGUUCUACCCAGCCCUAAUGACCCGCAAGAGCUAAGCUCCGGCUUGAUUGGAUGGCAGAACCCUUGGGUGGGAUCCUCCAUUUCAGAAAGUGGAAGAAGCAAUUAUCCCAGACGAGGAGAGAUCCCUCCAACUGUUUAUGAGACUGAGCCUGUCUCACCGGGCCAAAGCAUUGCUGAGACUCCAACUCCAGGCUCAAUUCACAAUAUCAAUGACCUGAAUUGGGAGCCUCCUUCACCAAAUUCCCGUUCUUUCUCCUUUACGCGCUCCGCACGAAGACCUUCAACUGGUUAUUCAGAGCCGUUGAGGAGAGCCAAUUCUUUCCAGGCCAAUCAGAAACAUCAGAGUAGGAUCUAUGAGAAUCCCGAUGCGGCUGCCUCCAACACCCAUUUCUUAGUGGGCAACCAGCGCUUCUCCCUGACUCGCCGCCGAUCCCUUCUCACACGUCCUGGAGUGGCAACUCGACGGACUGCAGGCCAGAUCCCUCUCUUGCCUUCUUCCCUUGGGGACUAUGCUGAUGAGUUUGUUGAGUCCGAUGCUCUACAAUGGCCACUUCCUCCGCGACAAAAAUCGCUCCCGGCCGCCCCUCACAUCCGCCCGUCGAGCCCUACCGAUACUCAAUACACUCAAUUGGGAGCGUUGAAGCUGGGAUCUCUACGGGUUGUCAAUCCAUCUCCUAACGAACGCACCACUCUGGAAAUCCCUGUUCUGGACACGAAAAAGCAAGAGGACUAUCCCGGAAGUCCGUUCUCCUUUGAGAAAUCUCCCAUCAUCACAGUACCUUUUGGAUCACGCGGGUUUCCCAGGGAGGUUGAAGACGAAGGCAUUUCCAUGUAUCACGAUGGUCUCAUCGAUAAGAUUGCAUCCGAGGAUUCUCGACGUACCUCCCAAUCAAACAACAAAACCGACAGCGGUUAUAGCUCGGCUGCAUCCGUUUGCUCAUUUCAGCGCAGCCAGACCCGUGGAUCAAUUGAUUCACAAGCCAGCUCAUCUGUUGCUGACAGCGGCAAGAAUGUUAUGGUCUUGGACCGAUUCGACGACAAAUCUCGUCAUCUUAGUCAAGAUCUCAAUCCUACUACUACUAAUCGCUGGUAUGACUCCAGUGAUCCGACCACUGUUGUCGGGUCUCGAUCCCGCCGAUCUACACUCUGCGCUCCUCGAUAUACCGAGUACGCGGCUCAGGUCCCUUCCCGACCUUCUACUGGAUAUGCGGAGAAACAUAUCGCCAGUAGGUAUCGGCGACCAGGCAUGGCACCUUCUCUCCCCACAAUAGUAUCUCCCGACCUUAUCAAUGGCGAAACCGAUAGAGGCUAUACUGAUCCCCGUCGAUCUCGCAACCAAGACUAUCGCCAUGUGCGGCCUUGA